UCCCGCACACGCUUUGGGCACCUCCCGGGCGCUGCCGCCGGGCACUCCUAGCCGGGCGGACGGGGAGGGCCCGACGCUAAGAUGGCUGCCAAAGGCUUACACUCGCACUCGCAGAUGAAGCUGGAGGGGGAGAUAGAGCGGUGCCGGGCGGAGGGGCACUGGGAGCAACUCCAACACCUAGCCCAGCAGCUGCUGCAGUCAGCACGGCCCCGGCGCAAGGCGGCGGCGGGCGCGCAGGACACGGAGGACUACAGGAGUAUGCUGCUUGCUGAGGCUCUGCUGGAAGAAUGUUUGAAGGAAAACUUUGCCAAACUGAAGGACUCCAUUCCAUUGACAGAGAAGAAUGAACCAAAACUGAGUGAUGCCAAACAGUAUCUGACUAGUAUCUUAAGCAGAGGAGAACUGCGACCUAAGUAUAUGAUAGAAGCUAUGCUGAUCCUAGGAAAGCUUCAUUAUGUGGAGGGAUCGUACAGAGAUGCCAUCAGCAUGUAUGCAAAAGCAGGAAUUGAUGACCUCUCAACGAAAGGUGAACCUCUCUACAUGCUGCGUAUGGUAGCUGAAGCCUUUGCUAUUAAAGGUCUGUCGCUGGAACGCUCAACCAACUCGGUUGCCUCGCGUGCUCGACUGUGUGAGAGGGAAGAGGAGGUCAUGGCUUGUUUUGAAACAGCAUGUGUCAUUACUCAGGUAUACUUGCAGGAGCUUGAAAAGACCUUAAACAACACACAUUCAAGGAGUAUCAAAAGCAGCAAUGUGACUUACUCUGAGUUUGAACUGUCCUACUUCCUGGAAGCAGCACUACAGAGUGCCUAUGUGACUCAUCUAAAGAAGGGAAAUAUUGUGAAAGGAAUGAGGAGUCUGCGAGAAAUACUCAGAACUGUGGAAACAAAAGCUACUCAGACCUUCAGAAUGACUGCAGCCAAACAACUGGCCCAAGUACUUCUCCAUUCCCUCAGUGAAGACUGUUACUGGAGCCCUUUAUCUGAUCCACUUCCUGAGUUCAUGAGCAAGGAAGAUCAGUCGUAUGUUAGCAAUGUUCUUUGUCGGAGGCCUGAGCUGUACACAGAAGAGAAUGCAUACUGCCCUCAAGACAACAUAGAAGAAUCCCUUCUUCUCCUCUUAAUCAGUGAAUCCAUGGCAAACCGGGAUGCAGUGAUCAGCCGAGCUCCAGACCAGCAGGAUGAUCGAGCCGUCAGCCUCCGGGAUGCUUCUGCAGUCUACGACCUCCUCAGUAUCACACUGGGCAGAAGAGGGCAGUAUGUCAUGCUUUCUGAGUGCUUGGAGAGAGCUAUGAAGUUUGCGUUUGAUGAAUUUCAUCUUUGGUACCAGCUUGCCCUGUCCAUGGUGGCUUGUGGAAAGUCAUCAUAUGCCGUGUCAGUGCUUAGAGAGUGUGCUAAACUACGACCUACAGAUCCCACCGUUCCUCUUCUGGCUGCCAAGGUCUGCAUUGGUUCCCUGCACUGGCUGGAAGAAGGAGAAUACUUUGCUAAAACAGUGAUAGACAUGGGCGAGGAUGCUGGAGAGUCCCUAGCAAAGGGUUACCUGGCGCUGGGCCUGACAUACAGUCUUCAAGCUACUGAUGCUACUCUGAAGGAUACUCAGGAUGAAUUAAACAAGAAAGCACUUCAGACUUUAGAAAGAGCACGUGACUUGGCCCCAGAAGAUCACCAAAUCAUCCUCUACCUAUCACUGCAGCUGGCUCUAGUCAGACAGAUUUCUGAUGCUAUAGAGCAUCUUCAAGAAGCACUGCAACUCUGCAAAGAUGACAUGAAUUCACUUCACCUACUGGCUCUCCUCUUCUCAGCUCAGAAGCACUAUCAGCAUGCACUGGAAGUGAUCAAUAUGGCUGUUGUUGAAUACCCAGAAAGCUUUAGCUUACUCUUCACCAAAGUAAAACUGGAAUGGAUACAUAAAGGACCUGAAGAGGCUCUGGUGACAUGCAGACAUAUGUUACAGAUGUGGCAGAUGGUGUAUAAUGUUUUACAACACAGUGGCUCUGAGAAAGGAAGCAGUGUGACUGAAACACCAGUGAUCAAAAAGCAUAACGGACUGCAUCUCACACUCCCGGAUGCUCAUGAUGCUGAAUGUGGAUCACAGCGAGCCUCUUCCCUUGCUGCAUCAAGACUGGAACAGGCCAUGUCUGAAAUAACUUUGCAAAGCAGUACAAUGAAGCAGGGACCUGUGCAGCUGUGGACAGUUCUUCAACAAAUUUGGUUGCAAGCUGCUGAACUCUUCAUGGAACAACAGCAUCUCAAAGAAGCAGGCUUUUGUAUCCAGGAGGCAGCUAGUCUUUUCCCCACAUCUCAUGCUGUACUGUACAUGCGUGGGAGGCUUGCAGAGAUGAAAGGCAAUUUGGAGGAGGCUAGGCAAUUGUAUGAUGAAGCACUCACAGUGAAUCCAGCUGGAGUGGAAAUUAUGCACAGCCUGGGCCUGGUGCUGAACAGACUAGGACGGAGGGACCUGGCCCAGAAAGUCCUCAGAGAUGCCAUCCAGAUCCAGACCACCAGUCACAGUGCCUGGAACAGCCUUGGAGAGGUCCUGCAAGCUCAGGGGAAAAACGAAGCAGCCAUUGAAUGCUUCCUCACUGCUCUGGACCUUGAAUCCAGCAGUCCCAUCAUCCCGUUCACUGUUAUACCCAGGGAGCUCUGAAGCUUUGCUCUGCAGUUAAGCACCUUGAUUCUGUGGGCAGACACCAAAACCAGGCAAAUAAACAAAGAAAAAGCCCAAUAUAAAAGUGCCAUUGUAACCUGGAGCUGGACAAAAUAAUCCCAGGAUGGAGCUCAGAUCUGCAUGCUUAGCUGAGACAAGCCUAACUGUAGAAGAAUUUGCAACAGGCAGAAACAGAGAAUGCCUUUUUCUUCCACAGGUGCCUGGCUAGCCUCCUGUUCUAGUUAAUAGCAAGGGUUAUUUCAAAGUGGUUGUUCAAGGUGACUGUCUGUAGAAAGAUCAUGCUAGAGCACAGCUGUUCAAAGCACUUGCACAUUCCACUUUUCAUUAAAGAUAAAAAACGCAAGCCAUGAUUUAAAGCUCAGAUUUGCUCUAAACAGAGGUAAAUGCCCCAUCUAACUUGACCAAGUUUUACUUGAGCAUGAGGCUGCCUCCAUACAGCUCUGACAGGAUAGGAGUAACAGUGAAACCUUAUAGACAUGCAGUAUAUGCCAUUCACAAAAUUAUUUCAGCUGGUUGGAUAAUCCUUCUUCCUGCCUUGCUUUUAUGUCCUUGCUUAUUAUAUUUAGUCUGGCACCUGCCUAGACCAACUUAAACUCUUUAUUUUUUAAUUUUCAAGCCACUGUUGCAGUAUGAUGCACAAGAGCAGAAAGACUCAGGACCAAAUCAGUUCUAAUUUGGACUAGUAUUAAAAACGUAGAUGCAUCUCCAAUUACAUAGUUAUUGAAAGGCCUUACAUGAAGUAGCUAAUUAUAAACUCUGAGCUUCAUUCUUAUUAAUCAGUUGUUGCAUCACUUCUGGUGAAGACUAUGGUGAUUACCAGUAUAUAAUGGCUGACCUCUGUGAGUUACUGCAUUACCCUCACUCUCUACAGCUACCUGAAAGAACAUGGUAGAGAGGCUGGUGCCAGUCUCUUCUCACAGGUAAUUAGGGUAGAACAAGAGGGAACAGCCUCAAGCUGCCACUGGAUAGGUUUAGACUGGACAUAAGGCAUUGGAAUGUGCUGCCCAGGGAGGUGGUUGAGUCACCAACCCUGGAUGUGUUUAAAGGUGGUUUGGAUGUGGUGCUUGGGGAUAUGGUUUAGGGGUGAACCUUGUAGAGAAGGGUUAUUAGUCGGACUCCGUGAUCCCAAGGGUCUUGUCCAACCUGAACGGUUCUGUGAUUCUGUGAAACCAUUCCUGGCACAAAACGUUUUCAUAUCCAUAUUUGCAUUAUAUAAAAGGUGGUAGCAGUCUCUUAAGGGAAAGUCUGCUGAAGGCAGUAGGUGUAUAUAUGAAUUACUGAUUUCUUAAAACCAAAGCUUUGCAUUGUCUGUAGAAAUUUCACAUGAGCGGUACCAAGCGGAGCCUUCAGUGGAGCAGGAUCAUUUUGCAUAUCAUAUCAGAUGUAAGAGUGAAGAGCACCUAAUCCAUGCAGCCUCCCUAUGGCUGGGGCAGGGGAACACAGCUGGCAUCCCCCCUGCUAAGCUGCUCCGUAGCUGUUCUUGGCCUCCUGGCAGUAAGGCAGAGCUGUACCCUGACACACAAGCGCUAGCCCCAUCCAGACCAGUCCUAAGAAGAAGAUAAUGCAGAGAUGAGCUGCGGGCAUUUUGCUGCACAAAAGGCUGGGGCUCUGUGUCCAUUUCUGUCCAGAGAUUUGUGACUGUUUCAUAAGCAGGUUUGCACUCAGACACUAUAAUUUUCCAAGUGUCAUGAUCUGCAACUAGUUCAUUCCAGAAAUAAUAAUAUCCUCAGGCAACAAAUGACUAGGGGCUUUUACUUAAAGAGCCUGAAGAGCUGCUAGCAGACUUGAAGUCAGCAUUGUUUACAACGAUUUGGAUAUCUGCAGGCUAAUGGAGAGGUGAGUCCCCAGACCACACCAUUGCAGAGCUCCUGCCCCCAGCCUCCCCUGAGGUGCUCGUGCAGAGGGAAAUACAUUGCCUUCAGCUUUCUCUCAGCACUUCCAUACCAGUAUUUCUGUUUUCUCCCUUUAAAUCAGUGCAGUAGCCCAGCUUAUUCAUCUCUUCACCAAGGGAUUUGGAGUGAAAGGAGCCCAGCCUUGAAAGGUCCUUAGCCCAUGAGGUCUCUGGCUUUCCAGUGCUACACAGGCAUCAAACUGGGCUUUUUAGGCCAGAGGCAGGUUUCCAAGGAGACACUGUUACCUGGACACAUUUCUCAUUUGCAAUAGCAGCAGCAGCAGAGGAAGGAGUAGGUGUUAAAGUACCAGAAUUAAAUUGGUUUCAUGAAGACAAAAAGACACAGCAGAGACCCAUUUUGUUGCUCUGCACUGCAGGUGGGAAAGGGGGAAGGCAAGGGGGAAGAGAUGUUAUUGACAUGAUAUGUAAAUUGUUACCGAGGUGUUUUAAAUCCAGUUCCACAGGCAGAUGCAAUCUGACUUAAGUAGAUAGAUGAGAGAUAGAUAG